CAACUAUGAGAUGUUCACUCUUUCUCACUUCUUCCUUGUAUAAGAUGGCAGCACGCAUCUGUCAAUAGAGCUAGUGUCAAACAGCAUACCAAUAUGGCUACAGCUGAUUCCAAGCGAAAAAAGCGUGUUCCCCGAACGCAGCCCAAAUCUUGUGUACCUGCAAAUGUGAUUCUAUUAGUUAUAUCGAGAUUAAGGAAUUAAAUAUUAUAUAAUGAUAGGGAUAUUCGUAAACAGUAAUUAUUGAUCACAUUCGCGCUCUCUAACUGGGAUUAUACUUCUGUCCGGAGUAUACAGAAUUCAUAAAAAUAUAUCUGCAAUGACUGAUACAGAGAAGCUCUUCGCUUGUUCCACAUCAGGCUGUAAUAUGAGUUUUGCGAAUGAGGAUCAAUUAACAAUGCACAAAAAGAAGCAUGACAUGAUGCUUAAUCUGGGCAAUAAUUCCAAAAGUGCUGGGUUUGUUGCAGAUCAAACUCCAACGCCGACAAGAUUUUUUAAAAAUUGUGAGGAAGUUGGUUUAUUUCAAGAUCUUCAAGUUAAUCCUUUCGAAGAGACAUUUCGAAGAGCUGUUGAGACUGGAAAUACAGGCACACUUACAGUUCCAGAGGCUGGAAUUGUAGAUGAUACACUCCAUACUCCACAUAUUUUUCCUUAUAUAUCAGAUGUAUUGCCUGCGAGUAGUCAAAUCCUUUCUGAAGAUCAUGUUGAAAAUUGCCCUUCAACUGUGUCUCUUAUUGAAAAAACAGAGGAGGAUAAUACUACUAAAUCGGACGAAUGUAGCAAUAUUAAAAUAAGUACAAAUGAGACGCAGGAAUUGACGAAAGACACAAACAUUACAUCUGUGAAAAAUAAUACUCUUGCACCAAACAUCAUUGUCUCGGAUACAAAUACACUCCUAACAUCUAAGCUUUCGCCGACACAACUUUCGUCGCAUCUGUCUAUCAAUGGCGAGGAGGUACAACUGUUAUUAAAAACGGCGGAUGGUAAAUUGAUGCAACUAUCUGCGACAGCGGUGUCCGAGUCUUCUAAUGUGGCCAACGUUAGCGCCAAACAACAAACCGUCGUUAUAAAAACCGAACCGGCUUUGCGAUGCACAGUAAAAUCGGAAUCCAAGAAAACUAUGAUUUCAAGAUUAUCCUUGGCGAAAAUGAAGCUGAAACAAACCUUGUCUAAGAACGCACAGAAUCAAAAACCGAUAGAAGGAAACGCAAAAAUGGAUGCGACCGCUAUAUCAAAAAAAGAAAAUAUCAAAAAAACAAACGAUCAACUUAAAAAGAAAGAUAUUCUCGAGCGCAAUCGUGCCAGUUCUAUGCGUGCGCGGGCUAAGAGAAAGGCAUGGAUCCAAGACCUCCAAAGAACAGUCACUAACGUGAACGAGGCGAAUGCAGCUUUACAAAUGGAAGUAAAGGCUCUACGCUCGGAAGUGGCGAAGCUGAAGACUCUUUUAUUGGCGCACAAAGAUUGUCCGAUUACGAAAGCUAUGCAGAAAGGAAAUGGAAUAGUUCUUGGACCUAAAAUAAUAUCAAUUAAUAAUUCGGACGUGUUGACGAUGCCGAUAUCGGCCAAUAGUAUUCCCGUAAAACGAUCAACCUCUUACACGGAGACCCCGGUGGUGCCAGUGAAGAAAUCAUCGGCUGUGUCAAUAACAAAGAAUCCAGUGAUCUUUCCAAAAGUGGAUUGUGGUACCGCAAAUCUCGCACUUCCGAACGCGAUUAUAAAAAGUUUGCCGGCAUUGAAGAUCGUGGGGGUUAAUCAGUUUUUGCCGGAGAAACCCGAAGAAACGAAGCAAAUACUUAUCGUGCAAAAUCAGCCGAGGAAAUUGUGCGAGGCUAGGCAAGUCAUUCAGAUUAAUCCGAAUUACGAGGUGGAAAACGCGGCAUCUAAAAGUACGGGAACGUAACUAAUUGCUUUCGAAAACGUUCGCGCGUUGGUAAUUGAUGAAAUUCUGCGGUUAACGAAUGACUAGUGAUUAUCAUUUAGUCGAAUGAAUCGGUUUUAUAAGUCAUUAUAGAUAGUAAAGAUGACAUUCAUAAAAAAUGUUAUUUUAUACGUUUUUAAAAUCUUUUUUUCCUCUAAAACAAGUCUAUAUAAGUUUUAUCGUUAAAUGAUGUAUUCGACAAAUAAUUAUUUAACAUAAAGCAUAGACUGAUGCAAUAGAUUUAUCCUUAACAUGUAUAUAGAGGAAUGAAGUGAUAGGAGUUACCAGAUUUUUGUAUUAUUUAUUGUAUUUAUAAUAAAACAGUUCUUUAUUUAGAA